UUAGAAACGAGACAAACUCGCAUCGCGUCUUGCGGGAAAUCAAAACACCUUAUUUAGGCAACGAUUAUUUAUGAUAUAGAACUAUUGUUUUUUUUUUUUUUUUUAAAUGUGUUAUGUCUUACUGAAUAGACUAAUAUCAACAUAAACCAAGCGAUGACUGUCAUGUGCGCGCAUGUAUUAUCAGUUUUAUGGAUGUCACUCGGUCAAGGUCCACGCUCCUGAUGCGAGUAGCAAGACUGGAAUUCUUUCCUUUGGGCCAAAAAGAUCUGACUCAAACAAAUUCCGUUAUUAAAGGGGAGAAUUUAAGAUACUGAUUACUGUUCUACUCUAGAAUGGAAGCCCUCUGGCACUGGAAGGAUGUGGACGCACUGAAACGAGGAGAACUUUGAUUGUCGAAAAUAUGGAUAGAUGCAUGGAUUUGUUAAAAUGAAUGACACGAACGACAAGUGCUUCACAAUCAUGUCAUUUCAGAACAGCUAACGUGGAGUGUUCAUAGGAAUACGCUUAUUUGUGAGCUGAAUCGCCCGUAUAAAAGGUGAAGGAAAAAAAACAUCUCACGGAUAUUUCCUGUCUCAGGGAAAUGUACUUUACCGUAUAAUUUUCGUUUUGAAAGUCAAGUAAAUUUUGUAAUUUACAUCCAGUGGCCUAUAAACAUAUGUCACUAUAGCUUACUGAGUUGAUCGAAAACUGUCAGCAUGUCGGCGGUAAUGAUGACACGGAAGGUACGAAAAUGGGAAAAGCUCCCAGGGAAAAACACUUUCUGCUGUGAUGGACGCGUAAUGAUGGCCCGGCAGAAAGGCGUCUUCUAUCUAACCUUAUUUCUCAUCGUUGGCACCUGCUCCUUGUUCUUCGCAUUCGAGUGCCCAUACCUGGCAAUCCACCUGUCCCCUGCCAUCCCGGUCUUCGCGAUCCUCCUCUUCUUUUUCGUCAUGGCCAUGCUGCUGAGGACCAGCUUUAGUGACCCGGGCGUGUUGCCGCGCGCACUCCCCGAGGAGGCCACCUUCAUCGAGAUGGAGAUCGAGGCGACCAAUGGGAACGUCCCGGCUGGGCAGCGACCUCCACCUCGGAUCCGCAAUGUCCAAAUCAAUGGGCAGAUCGUCAAACUGAAGUACUGCUACACCUGCAAGAUCUUCCGACCACCUCGUGCCUCACAUUGCAGUAUAUGUGACAACUGCGUGGAUCGCUUUGACCAUCACUGCCCCUGGGUGGGCAACUGUGUGGGCAAGAGGAACUACCGUUACUUCUACCUGUUCACCCUGUCCCUGUCUCUGCUCACCAUCUACAUCUUCACCUUCAAUAUCGUACACGUGGUGAUGCGCUCGGUGAACUCCGGGUUUGUGAAGACACUACAGGACACACCUGGGACUGUGCUGGAAGUGCUGGUGUGCUUCUUCACCUUGUGGUCAGUGGUGGGACUGACAGGCUUCCAUACUUACCUGAUCUCCCUCAACCAGACCACCAAUGAGGACAUCAAAGGCUCGUGGUCUGGAAAGAACCGGGUGCAGAACCCCUACAGCCACAAGAACAUCAUCAAUAACUGCUGUGAAGUGUUGUGUGGGCCUGCAUACCCCAGUGUCUUGGACAGAAGAGGGCUGAUGCGGGAUGAUUUGUCUGUUCCCACAUCCGCUGCCGAGCCUGCCACCAACAGCAAUCCAGUGCCACAGACCACAAAAACUACAGCUCCACUCAUCCCCAACGAGCACACCCCUGACGACGCCAAGCCCAGCAUGGCAGACUCUGCCAUCGCUCAUGCAGAGAAAAGAAGCCCGUCUCCCAGGGAGGAGAAGCUGCCCACUCUACCCAAAUCCUCGCCGACUCCCACCAAAGUCCCGCCCUUGGCCUCACCUGAAACUGACGCGGAGGCCUCAAUUAUUGCCAAGGAUAAGGCACUCUAGCUGCAUGGUGGGGUUUUUUCCUUGCCCCUCCCACAGUCAGUCACAACCUUUCCCUAAAGCGCUCUGUCUGGACCUGUGAGGGAGACACUUUAAUCAGCUGCUAUAUGAGUGAGAAGCAUCUGCCUGUAAUGAGUGGAGAAUAACUGCAAGGCUCUGACUCCCUGCUCAUUCCACCAGAUAUGCAGAGUUGGUGCCCCCACCAAACCUGCAUCCCCCCUAACUUAGUGACUGCAGGACUGCUUGAUUGACAUUUACACUCCAGAAGGAUGGUAGCUCGGCACCUUUCUCCUCCCCCUGAACAUUGCAUGGAAAACACAGAUAAUGGGGAAACUAGGAACUGUGAACCCACUGGAUGCAGGUGACUGUAUAUCCUGGGUAGUGUUCGGCUGAAGGGGUCCUAAAAUACCCAGGCGCCUCUGGAUCGUGGCUACCAGUGGACUCUGAUUGUUAAUGCUACUGUUUCUCUGUCUUUUGUUUUAUAGCUGUGAUGAUUUUUUUUUAAUGUGAAGAAGCCAGUUCUAAAAUACUUAGCAUUGCAAAAUAUCUGACAAAUACACUUAUUGUAAAGCCUCUAACACAUCCACACUAUUAGUCUGUUCUCAGAACCACACCGAUCAGGCCCCUAUGCAAUCCAUGGGAAGCUGGGCAGUUGGCACAACCGCUAUUAGGAUGAUGAGGAAAUAAGGACUGACAGCUAGUUUAGGGUGUUGAACAGUAAAACAUGGCAGAGAAAGGAAACACUAACCAUCGUUUAUGGUUGAGGUACAGAGGCAAACAUUUUGUCUCUCUUCAGUAAGUGAUUCUAAUGAACAUCUCUAGAAAUGUUGAGAUUAAGGUGCCACCGUGGUUACUAUCCUUCCAUUUGUCAGACACACACACACACACACACCAGGGUUGGGGCCGUCAUUAUAAAUUCAGUCAAUUCAGAGGAUAAACUGAAAGGGGGAAAAAAGGUUGAAUGAUCUUCUGAAAUGGCAGGCUGUUUCCAGGGGUAACAUCAGAGUUCCUGUAUCUAGCAGUUUUUAAAAAAUGGGAGGAAUUUCCGUUGACCCUCUGAAUUGACUUUAUUUAGAAUUACGGCCCCAACUUGUGUGUGUGAGAGAGACAGAAGGCCUGAUUGCUGUUGACAAUAGUUACAGUGCCUUAUCAAAAAGCUGCGCUGUCACAUGCAACUAUAACUAAGAUGGUCUAGCUACAGAGACCCUUAGACUCCAGGUCGAGCUACAGAGACCCUUAGACUCCAGUUCAUGACUCAGCACUCCAAAUCGUACAUGCCAACUGUAAAUAACGUCCCUUUUUAUACAGUUACAAAUGAGACUUCGAGACAGCAGAGAAUGAAGUAAAGCCAUUGUUUAAAUGUAAAUAAUAUAUGUAGGUGUUGAAAAAACUAUUUGGUCUAUUGCUGAUGAAAAGGGAAGAUUGAGAGAAGAGAACCAGGUCGUCUCUGUUUUUGAGUGUAUGUGGCCAGUGUUAGAUUUUUGCCUGUGAAUGAACAUCCACCCUCCUUCUUGCAAGUCAUGCAACUUUUUAAUUUUUCCUCUUAGCUUCCACUGUCAACUUGGUGCCCUUGCUCCUUAUCAUCCACCUAUUGCUGAGGACAGCUUUCAUUAUCUCCAUUCCUCUUCCUCUCUGUGUUUCCCAGGGAAGAUAUUCAGUACACCAGCCAUCUGUGGCGGGCUCAUUAUCAAACUGGAAAAGUGAGACGGCAGCUGCUUUCUCUCUUCUCUUUCUCAUCUGUUCAUUUCACACCAAACGGAGCAGAGGAUUGAGGGUUUGUGGGAGUCGGGCAAGGUGUGUGAGAAUUUCAGCAGCUUUUCAACUAGGCUAGGAUUCACAAAUGACGGUCAGUGACAAUUGGGGGAUAUGUUAAACUGCUAUUGGUUGACAAUGGAGAGAGUUUGUAUUACUCAUUGUGUUGUAUGUAAGGCAGAGUAAUUGUGCUGUAUACUUAUAUAGAAACUCUAGUUAACAAUGUUGAGUCUUUCAGCCAUCUGUUAGGCCCAAGAUGAUAAUUUAUAGAUCAAUAGAAUAAUACUUUAGUAAUCUGAUUUAAUUCAUAUAAAGGAUUGCAGCGCUACUGUAUAUGGCCAAGCAGUAUGUUUAAACUUCUGUUAAUUUGAUUUCAUUUCACAAAUCGUUCCAGUGCAUUUGAAUUAGGAAUGUGAGUAGGGGAGUUACUAGUUGUUACAAUUUACACUCAAUAACAUUACAACAGUAACCCAGACUCUGUCCUGAUUUGAACUAUAAGUAAACACAACCAUCUAGGCCCUUGCAGUGUUUUUAUCACUAUUUUAAUUUGCUCAGAAGGUGUAGGGUGAGGUUUCCCUAGAUGCAGAUCUUGAUUCAGAAUUUUACUUACUAAUGGUUAAGGUUAGGAUUGGGGGACGGUAAGCUGAUCCUAAACCUGUACCUAGGGGAGAUUUCACCCCAGAGCUGCCGAUAAUGUAAGCUGCCUUUUUGAAACAGACAACAAAGGGAUGUUUUAAUCAAAAAGUGGUAAAGAUUAUUUUCUGAAUUUCUAUGUAUGCAAUUGUGAGAAGGCCUUUCGGGAAAUGUCUUCUAUUGUAAUCAUUUUUUUCCCCCAAAACCUUUUUUCAUCUUUCGGAUCAGUUCUUAGGCUUUACCCUCAAACCAAUCUUCCUAUCAAUUGAAGUUGAAAGAGUUUUUGUCCCUGAAUAGUUUUCGGUUCUGGACAGUUGUAAAGAUUCGCUCUCGAUAGAUAAUUCCCUGCUGUAUUGCUUCAAUGGAGAGUGUGACUGUACUUGUGAUUAACUAAUGACAAGAGGAAUGUUCAUGUGAAAGUUUAAGCUGGUUGAAGGCUAAUUGAACGGAUCGGACCCUUUUACUAUAUGCUAUAUCUCUAUGGGUAUAUGGUAAUAUUACAUCAAAUGACCUGAGACGUUUGGAAUUGUUUAUCUCAAUGUUGAGUAAACGUUUCGAUGUAUGAUUUGGAUUUAUGUUACAUGUGCACUACGAGGGUCUCCGAUCAGAAGGCUCCGAUCUAGAUAUGACAGUACAUAAUGCAUACAGUACAAAUACAAUACCACUGAUGGAAUUAUAUUUAUGUUCACUUUGUUUAGUAAUAGCACUGUGAUUAUUUAUAUUUCAUGAUAUUUCCAUCACUUUUUACAUGAUUGAUUGGCGUAUCUGGUAAUUAAAUUAUAUUGUCUUAUUAAUAA